CGCCACCUCCAUAAGCGAGAAAAGAGAGAUUCUUUUUACCUCCACCGGAGGACGUGCCCACCGGGUUUGGCGCCCUGCAUUGCGGAAUUCUAGGGUUCCGGUCGACGUCCGAGAUGUUUCUCACGAGGACGGAGCAUGACCGAGGUAUUAACACCUUCUUGCUGGAGGGAAGGCUGCUUCAGAUCGAAUACGCCAUCAAGGCGACCAAGUUGGGGUCGACUGCGAUCGGUUUGAAGACAAAGGAGGGCGUCGUUCUCGCUGUCGAGAAGCCUUCUCCUCUUCUGGACAUUGAUGAACAAAUAGGUUGUGCUAUGAGUGGACUAAUAGCUGAUGCUUGCCCUCUUGUUGAACAUGUGCGUGUUGAAAGCCAGAAUCACAGGUUCUCAUAUGGUGAGCCAAUGUCAGUUGUGUCUACUGCACAGGCUCUCUGUGAUCUUGCCCAUAGGUUUGGUGAAGGCAAUAAAGAAUAUAUGUCACGUCCUGUUGGUGUGUCUCUCCUAAUUGCUGGACAUGAUGAGAAUGGGCCUAAGCUUAUUUUACACAAACCCAUCUGGCACAUUUUGGCAGUGCAUUGCAAAAGCAAUAGGAUCUGGUUCAGAAGGAGCUGAUAGCGCCUUGCAAAAGCAGUAUAACAAGGUAACAUCAAAAAACAUUGGCAUUGCAAAGGUGGCUCCAACUUAUCAUCUCUAUUCUCCUUCGGAGAUUGAAGCUGUCAUCAACCGCCUAUAAAAGAAUUUAUACUAAUGCUUUCAAUAUGUUCUCUCCCAUUAACUGUUUGAUAUCUGCUCUGCAUGUUGGAAUUCUCUUUCUGAAUUGGGGAAAGUCCAGUGAGAAUAUUAUUCCAUAUUUCGGAUUUUGUUUGCACUGAUCAUCUUCUCUUGCUUGUGCUUGCACUCCCUGACAUUUUGCUUUUGGGUAAUUUGCGAAAUAGAUAUAGUAACCAGUCAGCUGGCAAGUAUCAUUCAGGAAAAUGUGUCAUGGCUUCCUUUGCUUUCAGUAACCAGUUGAUCAAAAAGAUAUAAUUGACAGAUAGA